AUGUAUUCUUCCUUACUACCAUCACCACCUUUCAAUAAGUUUACGGUUUUUAUCUUUUAUGGUUUAUUAUCAGUAGCGUUAAUAACGUUAGCACAGGAAGAUAGUAUAGGGAAUGCAAAAAGUUGUAUACAAGUAACGAUAGGAUAUGUUCGACUUUUUAGCACAAAUCAACCAAAGUCAACUCCAGAAAUUCCAAUUCCAAAAAUUCAAUGGAAUAAUUAUGAUUAUAUAAAUGUUAUUGCAUAUCCACAAGACAACGGAGGAGAUUCAAAUUAUGACGUUGGUAAAUGGCAGAAAGGGCCGCAAGAGCAGCAGGAAUAUCAAAGAAUUAUUAGCGAUGCAAUUAAAAUUAUAAACGAAUAUCAAUUAAAUGGUAUAGACAUUGAAUAUCCAGGAAUGAGAGGAAGUUUAUGUAAAAGGCCUGAUGGUUUUAUAUGGGAUAAAAUAAAUGAUGAAAACUUCAUUAAUUUUUUAAAAAACCUUCGAGAGGCAUUGAAUGGAACGGAAGGUCCAAAAAUACUAAUGUUAACAACGCCAGACGAUAACAACUAUAGAUCAUAUCCAAACUCUCCAUUAGAUGCAUACCAAGCUGCAUAUUUAGCAUAUAGAAUUUGUACUACUAUUAAUCCUAAUUGGACACGUAAAUUCGAAUCAACAGAUAAUUCUGGUACUCCAUGGCUAUAUAGCGUUCCUGAUCCAAACGUUCCUUUUAAUCAUUUAUAUGUAUCUUAUGAAGAUAUUAGUUCAUUACGUAGUAAAUUAGAAUUUGCAUUGACUAAAUCACUCGGAGGAAUAUCAAUAUCUGACGUUAGUUAUGAUGAUAAUUAUAAUAAUUUAUUAAAUUUUAUGCAACCAAUACGUGGGAUACCGGUUCCAAUAGAUGGAGGUUCAUCUAAAGGCUCGCCAUCGAAUAAAUCAAGUAAUGAAAAUUCUAAUGAUCAAAAUAAGAAAAAUAAAGGCGGAAUUAUCGCUGGAUCAAUUAUUGGAGGUAUAUUUGGUCUACUUUUAUUAGGAAGUUGCGCGUACAUAUAUCGGCAAAAAGUUCUUAAAUCCGAAGCUGGUAUUAAUCCAGAAUACUCAUCAAAUCGAGUUGUUUCCACUAUACAAAAUGAACGGCGGACCACCGAUCAUCUAACGAUCGAAUGA